CUCCUCCCCCCAGUCCAGAUGGGAGCUGGCUCCUUCAGGAAGGGGGCUUAGAACUGGGUGUGGGGAGCUACCUCUCUCUGUCUCCCUCACUACAUCUGCCUGCAGGGCUGGGAGCCCCCACGAGCCAGUGGUCCUGAGCCUUCUGAAGUUAGGAUUCUGCCUGGUGGUGAGGAUCCUGACACCAAAGAUGGGACACCCAGGAUGGAGGUUCUUGGGGCCUGGCCCCCAACACUAUGAAGAGCCCUUGCUGAGGCCAUGAGGGGUUACCAUGGCGACCGAGGCAGCCAUCCCCGCCCAACCCGCUUUGCUGACCAGCAGCAUAUGGACGUGGGCCCAGCUGCCAGGGCCCCGUACCUGCUGGGCUCCGGGGAGGCCUUCUCCACCGAGCCCCGCUUCUGUGCCCCAAGAGCUGGCCUGGGACACCUUUCUCCGGAAGGGCCCCUGAGCCUGAGUGAGGGGCCAUCAGUAGGCCCUGAGGGAGGGCCAGGGGGGACUGGAAUUGGGGGGGGUAGCAGCACCUUCCCCAGGAUGUACCCCGGCCAGGGCCCCUUCGACACCUGUGAAGACUGUGUGGGCCACCCACAGGGCAAGGGUGCCCCCCGCCUGCCUCCUACACUCCUGGACCAGUUUGAAAAGCAGUUGCCAGUUCAGCAAGAUGGCUUCCACACGCUACCUUACCAGCGAGGUCCAGCAGGGGCCGGGCCCGGGCCUGGGCCGGGGUCUGGCUCUGCCCCGGAGGCCCGCAGCGAGAGCCCCAGCCGCAUCCGGCACCUUGUUCACUCCGUGCAGAAGCUCUUUGCCAAGUCCCACUCUCUGGAGGCCCCGGGGAAGCGGGACUACAAUGGGCCCAAGGCUGAUGGAAGAGGUGGCUCUGGGGGAGACAGCUACCCUGGCCCAGGCUCCGGAGGCCCCCACACCUCCCACCACCACCACCACCAUCACCACCACCACCACCACCAGACCCGGCAUGGCAAGAGGAGCAAGAGCAAGGACCGCAAGGGCGAUGGGCGGCACCAGGCCAAGGCCGGGGGCUGGUGGAGCUCCGACGACAACUUGGACAGUGAUAGUGGCUUCCUAGCGGGUGGGCGGCCUCCUGGGGAGCCAGGUGGUCCCUUCUGCUUGGAGGCUCCAGAUGGGUCCUACCGGGACUUGAGCUUCAAGGGGCGCUCAGGCGGGUCGGAAGGCCGCUGUCUGGCCUGCACUGGCAUGUCCAUGUCACUGGAUGGACAAUCAGUUAAGCGAAAUGCCUGGCAUACCAUGAUGGUGAGCCAGGGCCGGGAUGGAUACCCAGGGGCCGGGCCAGGCAAGGGGCUCCUGGGUCCAGAGGCCAAGGCCAAAACCAGGACUUAUCAUUAUCUGCAGGUGCCGCAAGAUGAUUGGGGGGGUUACCCCACUGGGGGCAAGGAUGGAGAGAUCCCCUGUCGCAGGAUGCGGAGCGGCAGCUACAUCAAAGCCAUGGGGGAUGAGGAGAGUGGAGACUCGGAUGGCAGUCCCAAGACAUCUCCCAAAGCGCUGGCCCGGCGCUUUGCCUCCCGCCGCUCCUCCAGUGUGGACCAGGCCCGGAUCAACUGCUGCGUCCCACCCCGGAUCCAUCCCCGGAGCUCCAUCCCUGGCUACAGCCGUUCCCUCACCACCGGACAGCUCAGCGAGGAGCUGAGCCAGCAACUGGAGGCUGUGUGCGGGUCUGUGUUUGGGGAGCUUGAGUCCCAAGCCGUGGACGCCCUGGACCUGCCCGGCUGUUUCCGCAUGCGGAGCCACAGCUACCUCCGGGCCAUCCAGGCCGGCUGCUCUCAAGACGACGACUGCCUGCCCCUCCUUGCUGCCCCUGCCUCUGUCUCAGGGAGGCCCGGCUCCUCCUUCAACUUCAGAAAGGCCCCGCCCCCCAUCCCGCCGGGGAGCCAGGCCCCGCCCCGCAUCUCCAUCACCCCUCGGGCCAGCCCCAAGCCCCCGACACUCAUCAUCAAGACCAUUCCUGGCAGGGAGGAGCUGCGGAGCCUGGCGCGGCAGCGGAAGUGGCGGCCGUCCAUUGGGGUGCAGGUGGAGACUAUCUCUGACUCGGACACGGAGAACAGGAGUCGAAGAGAGUUCCACUCCAUAGGCGUCCAGGUGGAAGAGGACAAGAGGCGGGCGAGGUUCAAGCGCUCCAACAGUGUGACGGCUGGCGUGCAGGCAGACCUGGAGCUGGAGGGCCUGGCCGGCCUGGCCUCGGUGGCCACAGAAGACAAGGCCCUGCAGUUCGGACGCUCCUUCCAGAGGCACGCCUCUGAACCCCAGCCCGGACCCCGGGCCCCCACCUACUCAGUCUUCCGCACGGUCCACACGCGCGGCUCACGUAGCCUCCCCGACUCAGGCCGCACGUCCCCCUGCCCGCGGGACGGCGAGUGGUUCAUCAAGAUGCUGAGGGCGGAAGUGGAGAAGCUGGAGCACUGGUGCCAGCAGAUGGAACGCGAGGCGGAGGACUAUGAGCUGCCCGAGGAGAUCCUGGAGAAGAUCCGCAGUGCUGUGGGCAGCACGCAGCUUCUCCUGUCCCAGAAGGUUCAGCAGUUCUUCAGGCUGUGUCAGCAGAGCAUGGACCCCACUGCGUUCCCUGUGCCCACCUUCCAGGACCUGGCGGGUUUCUGGGACCUCCUGCAGCUCUCUAUCGAGGAUGUGACCCUCAAGUUCCUGGAGCUACAGCAACUCAAGGCCAACAGCUGGAAACUCCUGGAGCCUAAGGUGGGGGCAGGUCCCUUGAAGCCAAGAGGCAGACCCUGGAAAAUGCCCUUCGCCAUGGAGUGCUCAUCGCUGCCGCAGCUGCCAGAACCCGAGGGGGCAGCAGCCACCCUGGGCCAGCUGCAGUUUGAGGGCGCAGACCUAGAGCUUCCGAAGGGCUUGCUGCCCUCAGCUCGGACCUAG